AUGGCUUCUACUCCAUCUGGCAAAAAGCGCACUUAUAAAGAAGCAUUUCUACAAUGGGGUUCACAAUCACCAGACAAAAAUAUAGAAAAGCUUCAGUGUUUUUAUGAGGAAUAUUUGUUUUGCAAGUCUUUGCCCACUACUACUCGCGGCGAAGACGUAUUUCAAACGCUAAAAGAGUUUAUUGAGGAAAAUGGCCUGGACUGGUUAAAGCUGGUUGGUAUUUGUACAGACGGGGCACCUUCCAUGAUGGGUAUCCGUUCUGGUUUUCAGUCACUUGUAAAACAAGUUGCUCCUCAAGUUUUCAACUAUCAUUGUUUGAGACAACGUUACGCUUUGGCUGUAAAAACACUCCCACCAGAUUUGCUAAACACGUUGAGUGAUAUAGUAAAAAUUGUUAAUCAUAUUCGAGGCAGCGCUACUAACUCAAGAUUAUUUAAAGUUUUGUGCGAUGAAGUUGGUGCUACAUUAAUGCACUUUUGUAACUACAGAGAUACGUUGGUUAUCAAGAGACAACGUUCUAAGUAG